AUUUUAUGUAAAAGAAAAAAAAUAUAGAACUAAUUAAUAACCAAAGUCUUAAAAGUCUUCCAUUGUUCUCUUGCUCUUUGGACGUACCAAGAGUAGAGAGAAAAAUUAACCAAAAAUGUCACCUCUCCCAAUAAACACAAUACAACACUUCACACACCCAAAGCAUUCAUUAACAUUAUAUGAUUCCAACACUAAAUACUUAUGUGAUGGUUGCAAAAUCCCUGGCAUCGGUAAAAGAUAUCAAUGUCACAGAUGCAACUUUGAUCUGCAUGAAUAUUGUGGUACAUGUCCGAUGAAUCUUUCUUCGUUCUUACAUCCUCACCAUUCGCUCAUGCUCGUCACUCGUAAGCCACAUGGCGAACGCAGAUCAAACCGCGUUUGCAAUGUUUGUUGUGAUUCUGUUGAAGGGCUGUUUUAUAGGUGUGGGGUUUGUAAUUUUGAUGUCCACCCUCUCUGUACUCAGUUGCCCGAAGCGCUGCGACAUGCCCUACAUCAGGCGCAUCCUUUAAAAUUACGGAGCUCGGCUGAACAAGGAACUUGUGCUGUUUGUAGAGGUGCAUGUAACGCCUCUUCAUGGCGUUAUAGGUGUAGACUAUGUGGAUUUGAUAUUCAUAUAGAUUGUGUGCUAAUACAAUGUGAAAAAAGAACGACCAAGGACCGAGGAAUCCCAAAGUAUGUUCCGCCAUCUGGAUUCUCUCAGCAACAGAAUUUUGGUGGUUUUGCUCAUGGGGUUCCGUAUUGGCAUCCUAGUAACAACCCAUAUUUUCCUAGUCCACUUAACAUGCACCACAACCACAUGCCACAGCCACAACCGCAACAUCAGAACCAUGCUGGGCAGGCUCAGACGCAUUAUGGUGGUGGACGAAUUGGGCAAGUGAUGUUUGGUCUGGUGAAAACACUUGGGAUCGGGGUGUUUUCUAACAUGAUAUUUGGCACUGACGUAUCUGCACUUUUUUCUUCUUGAUACUUUCUCUGUUUCAAUUUGUUUGUUUAAACACGAUUGUAUCUUCUUUUUUUGGCAACUCUUUAAUUCGAAUUUUUCAUAUGACA